AUUAAACCAGACAUUUCUGGGCAGCGAACAAGCGGCAUUGGCUGAUUAGAAACACUCAGUCCUGUCUACGUAUGUUUGAGAAGAAAUCUCCUGUCUUUCUGCUCAGAAGCAAAAUGAAGACAUCACGUUCUAAGUGCUUUUUCAACUGAACUUCGAACUAAAGAGUCUCAAUUUCUGCAGAUCUGUGGCCCAAGCCAUUUACUAUGGCACGUAUUACAGUUGCUCCUGUCAUUCUGAUGGUAACUUUUUUCCAGCAUAAGAUACUAUUUUCCACUAGCCUGGAAAGUGGACAACCAGAUGUAGUGGAUGGUCUUGGAGCACAUAAUGUUCUGUGGAUUACCAAGCAUGGGUCAAGAGUUAUCUUAUCCUGGAACAAUAACCUGACAAAAGAAGAAACUAAGAAGUAUACUGUGAAGUAUAUUUUGAGUUAUAAAUUCUUCAAUACAACUCAUGAAAAGAAAGAAAGACUGCGCGAAAAGAAAAAGGUAAUACCUCUUGAGUUACAUUCUGGUUUUAAUGCUAAAGUUAAAACACAACUUUUCGCAAAAGAAACAGAAGAUGUAAUUAAGGAGAGUGACUGGACAGAAUUUACUUACAAGGCACCUCCAGUAUAUAUUCAGAAUUUUUCAUGCAUCAUAUAUAAUAUAUCUUUCUUCAAUUGCACCUGGCUUAUUAAAGCAGAAGCUCCUGAAGAUAUUCAGAUAUUUUUUUCAUACAGACACGUAGGAAAAGAUUUUGAAUGCCAGCAAUAUAUAAAAAAUGCAAGGAAGAAAAAUAUUGGAUGCCAUAUGAAAGAAAUAUAUUUCCAACCAUCAAGAAAAAUCAAUUUAAACAUAACCAUAAGACAUCUGAGACAUAAUUCAGGAGGCCUGUCUUAUUACAAAGCUUUUACACCUCAGACAAUAGAGAAACUGAACCCGCCUAUCAACGUCUCUGUUUCCCUUGAAAACGGAAGUAUUAAAAUUCACUGGAAACCCCCGCCUACUAUUGGUUCUGCAAGUAGCAAGUGCUUUUUGUAUCAAGUGAAAAUAACAGAUCGUAAGAUUGUAGAUGUCACUGCAGAGAAAUACGAGUCUCCAUUUCAUAAACCAGCAAAAAAAUGUGCAGUACAAGUGAGGGUAAAGAAAGAGGUAUGCAUAAGAAACAAGAUUUGGAGUGAAUGGAGUGAACCAGUGUUUAUUCACAAUGAAAAAACUGUGGAUGUCAUGCUGCUAAACCUCACCUUGUUUUGCCUCCUGAUUUUCCUUGGAGGUUUGAUGAUGUAUGCUUGCAGAAGGUAUAGAUGCCUGGAAGUUAUAACCAUGCCUGUUCCACAUCCUUCAGAUAAUAUCAAAACUUGGUUAGCUGCAGAUGAGACUUGCCAGCAGAAACAAAUGUCAAUGCAAGUGGAGAUGCACUCAGAGGUUACUAUGGCAAUACUAGAAGAGAACAGAGACAAGAGCAUUCAAGAACAGAAAUUUUUGAAGGAAUCUGGAUUUGAAGACCGGUAGGGAGGAUGCACUUUUUUAAAUCUACAUGCAAGAGUUACCUUUCUAUGAGGUGGACAAUAUUCAGACAGAUCUAAGAACAGCUGAUACUGGAGUUUGCUGAGACCAAUAAUUUGAAGUAUUUUGAACUCUGACAUUGUGCAACUCUUAAAAUGAACUUUGGAUCACAAAGGCAAAGCAGUACCUUGCAGUUUGCACCUCACAACAGCUGAUCUUCAGCCGAAUAAAAUUACAGCACCUCAGACAAUAUGAUCUAAUAUUGAGGUCCACUAGGGUUAAAAUGGAACUAGAGUUAGUGUUUCGUAAUGCUGCAAUAGCUUCCAAGAACUGUCUGAUAAUCAAUGUCUUUGAAGACUGGCUGUUCAUAGAAAUCUCAUACUAGUUAUUCAACAUCUGACUGGUCAUGACGAAUGGUGGAAACAAUGAAUGUUUCUGGAAAUAGCAGAAGAAGAUCACAAGAGUUUUCUCAAGCUGAAAAAAAUAAUACUUUCUGAGGCACUGCAUUGUGUAAGCAGACAGCAAUGUUAAGGAAGAGUGGGGUGUGAAGAUGUAAGUAAGGCCUUUUCAUGCGACGGAUUUAUUCCUUUGAAGUUAGUAAAAGGAGAAAACUUUAGACAAGUUAAAGAAAACAAAAGUUUUGGCUGUAUUGUGAUUGUUUAAAUAAGUAUAACUCAGAGAAGUUAAAGUUCAGAACUGACCAACUAUUACUAUUUAUUUUUCCAUGUCCUUUUAAAGAAAAUUUUCUUUCCAUUUCCAUGAGAUGGUAAGCCAUAACAGUUCACUUUGAGGUACACAACCAGAGCAGACUAUCUUAACUCUUAGUUGAGGUAGCAUUUAUUUGACUACAGA